UUCACCUGUGCGCUCUGAACCCCAAAGAUGCCCCGCUCCUUCCUGGUGAAGAGUAAGAAGGCGCACAGCUACCACCAACCACGGACCUUGGAGGAUGAUUACAGCAGGCUGGACAGCAUUCUGGCGCACAUCUGCUCAGAUGCAGAUAAGACGCCGGAGGAGGACGCAGACCUCCCGGCGGACAGGUACGGCCUCUCUCCGGCCUCCCAUCAGGGGGAUCCCGCUGACUUCUCCCCCAGAUCUCCGCUGAGCAGCGCCGACAGUCUGUGCGCUCGUUCCCCGGACUAUGAGGACUUCUGGCGGCCUCCGUCCCCAUCCGCGUCCCCUGCUGACUCAGACAAAUCGCUGUCUCCUCUGGAUGAAACGCAGAGCUUCACUGUUCCUUUCCGGGCCUAUGCUUGGAGCAGCUACUCUGGCCUGGAGCUGGAGCUCCACAGGCCCCUGACGCAGCGGAGCGUCCAUCCGGGCCUGGAGGUGGACACAAGCUCCGCAGUCAUGGCGCUUUACGCAGAGCGGAGCGGCCAUCCGGCCGUGUUUGCAGAGCGCGCUCUGGCAGAGGAGCCUUACGGGGACUACAGGAGGAUGCUGUUCCCUGAGGCGGGCCUGCACAGGAAGGCGCCCGAUGGGAAGGCCUCGCCGGGCCUUCUCUGUCCGAACCUCAUCCUGAACGGCGCUUACAAGUGUGUCAAGUGCGGUAAGGUGUUUUCCACCCCCCACGGUCUGGAGGUCCACGUCCGCAGGUCGCACAGCGGCACCAGGCCUUACGCAUGCGACAUCUGCGGCAAAACGUUUGGGCACGCAGUGAGUCUGGAGCAGCACAAAGCGGUGCACUCUCAGGAAAGAAGCUUCGACUGCAAAAUUUGCGGCAAAAGUUUUAAGCGCUCCUCCACGCUGUCCACGCAUCUGCUCAUCCACUCGGACACGCGGCCCUAUCCGUGUCAGUACUGCGGGAAGAGGUUCCACCAAAAGUCCGACAUGAAGAAGCACACCUUCAUCCACACAGGUGAGAAACCACACAAAUGCCAGGUUUGCGGGAAGGCGUUCAGCCAGAGCUCCAACCUGAUCACGCACAGCAGGAAACACACCGGAUAUAAGCCGUUCGGCUGCGACCUGUGCGGGAAAGGCUUCCAGAGGAAGGUGGACCUGAGGAGACACAAGGAGACGCAGCAUGGACUGAAAUGAGACGGAGGACAACUGGACGCUGAAGGAGACACACCUGGACAAUAACCGAGGAGAAGAAAAACAUUUUUCUUCUUUUUUUUUCUUUUUGGAUCAGGACACUAAUUUGAUCCAUUUGAAAUCUCAUCGACGCAUUUUAUUAUUUUUGGGAUUAUAAUUAUAAUAAUAUCUAUUAUUUAUGGCGGCAGUUAAAACAAAGACAUA